AUGCCUACACCUUUCGAGGCCGUCCACGCGGAGUCCGAGGAAGAGGCGAAGAACUCUCCACCGAGCUCCCGCAGUUGGAUGAAGAAGGCUGCCUUGGUUCUGACGGUGGGCCUUGGCGUCGUGGGUUUCAUGUCCAUGCCGAAAGAAAGGCGCUUCUGUCAGGGAUUGGACCUCGGCGCCUUCCAGGGGAAGUCCAACCUGGGCUUGGACGCCGAAAUGGCUCUGAAAGCCGAUGCACUGAAGAGUGUCAAGAAACACACCGCGGCGCAGAAGAUCGUCCUCAAGGCAAUGAAGAGCACUGGCCGAAAGUAUUCCAAGCACUACGAGCAGCGUGAGGUUCGUUCUUUGCCGGCAGAUCCUGCCGACGCUGCUCGAGACAUGCUGACCAAGUCCGAGAUCAAAACUUACAAGGCGACGAGGAAACAGAGACGCAUCCGCAAGGCCACCAAUGCGUACUGCGCAUUCAACGUCUUGGAGGCCUUCGUCUCCGUGGUCGGCAUGGGCGAUGAUAUCAACGCAAUCAUCAGGACGUGCCCUGCUCCACGCGAUGGUGAAUCGGAGCUUGCUUGCCAGGUGAACGGCGCCAUCUUGGUGACUUGGGUCGCCAACGCGGCAGCCAAGCUGUCGUAUGCUGCUACGAACUGUGCGCUGAACCUCAACGUGGAUGCUGUCUGCUCUGUGGGCGUCACCGGCCUCGUCUCCGUGAUGGGCGAGCUGGCAGCCACUGCUUCCCUGGCGGCGGCCACGUGCACAGGGGUGCCACCACAAUUGACCACCACCAAGAUCAGCGUGCUCGGAGACCAGACGGUGCGUGAUGGCCGACGACUUCUCAUUGGACAGGGUCCAGUCGGAAACGGUGUGCAAUGCGGGGUUGACGUCGGCAUGGUGGUUGCUAACCUCGCCAACAUGGGCAUCUCCAUCAACUCGGCUGUGAACAGUGGUCAAUGCGGCCGCGUCAGCCUCAACGGGCCAAUCAACAAG